CCGUCCGGGGGGCGCGGACCCCGCCCGGGGCCGCCCAUGCGGCCGGGGGGCGAUGCGGGCGGCGCGGAGCCGGCGGUAGUGCCCGCACCGGGGCCCCCCCGGGAGCAUGGGCUGCAUCGGCUCCAAAACCACCAUCGUGGCCGUGGACACCACCCUGUGCGUGGAGUGGAAGGAGGUGAAAGCGCUGUCGCCGCUGCGUGCUGCCCGGCCGGCCCCGCUGCCCCGCCUGCUGCGCCAGGCCUCCUUCGACAGCCAGGACUUCCUCGAGGUCAAUGUUGAAGACACCGUCGAGAUGCUGCCCAAGUCGCGGCGCGCGCUGACCAUCCAGGAGAUCGCCGCCCUGGCCCGCUCCUCGCUGCACGGCAUCUCGCAGGUGGUGAAGGAGCACGUGACGAAGCCGACGGCCAUGGCGCAGGGCCGCGUCGCCCACCUCAUCGAGUGGAAGGGCUGGUGCAAGCCCGUGGAGCCGCCCGCCGCCCUGGAGAGCGCCUUCAGCUCCUACUGCCACCUGAGCGAGGGCGAGCAGGAGGCGCGCUUCGCCGCAGGCGUGGCGGAGCAGUUCGCCAUCGCCGAGGCCAAGCUGCGCGCCUGGUCCUCGGUGGACGGGGACGACUCCAACGACGAGUCCUACGACGAGGACUUCAUGCCCUCCACGGAGAGCUCCCAGCCGACCGAGCUGUCCGGCUCGGUGCCCGCCAGCGCGCUGCUGCGAGACCUCCUGCAGGGCCACCUGUGCCAGCUGGGCGUGCGGCACGGCUCCUGCGAGCCCGAGAGCGACUCCUCGCACACCCUGUCCCCCGAGACCCUCUGCUCCAGCCUCUGCAGCCUGGAGAUGGUGUCGCCCUCCGAACUCACUGCCAAACUGCUGGGCUCCCUGGGGGGCGAGGACCUGCUGCUGCCCAAGCUGCCCCCCCCGGCCAGCCAAAGUGCCUUGCGGGGCCUGGCACGGCUCCGGUGCCAGGACUCCCUGUACCCCGUGUCCUACGCCGAGGCUUGCCUCUCGCCCGCCGAGGACGAGGUGGUGCUGAGCAAGGACUUCCCGCUCUGCCGGAAAGUCUCCGACGUCGCCUCCUCCGGGGUGGUGUCGCUGGAGGAGGAGGAGGAGGAGGAGGCCGAGGAGCCGUGA